CUUUUAAAGAAGAAAAAUAAGUAGACCCAAACAUGGUGCGUGCCUAUAAUCCCAGCACUGAUGGUGGACGGGAGAAUCAUGAACUCAAGGCCAAUGAGGGCUAAGUAGUAAGAACCUGUCUCAAAAAGCAAAUAAAAAUAAAAUAAAACAAAAAGAGAGGAGAGAGAGAAACUUGAACAAAUGACAUUGUAAAUCAAAAAACAGUGAGGAAAAUUAGAAAAUUACAGUAAAGGAAGGACACAAUAUAAAAACAAUGAAGAAAAUCAACUGAGUCAAAGGUUAAACUUUGUUCCAGAAAAAGAGGAGUCAACCAAAAUCACAAAUAACAGAGAGGAAAUUAUUACUUACCUUCUAGGGAAAACUGGGGGUUAUAAAAGAAUACUAUGAACAAUUUCAAAAACAGCAAGAAAGAAGUGAGUGACUCAUAACACACAAUCUAUUUGAAUUGUUCAAUCUGGUGUGGCAUUCUGUUUAGUUACUUUAUCUCUUUUAAGUCUGCUAAUCCCAAAUCGACAAUAAAGUAUGUCUCAUUUGCUAAAAAAAAAAGAAUAGAUUUUAUUUAAAAAAUACACGUAAGUCUAACAGCUUGUUUCCAAGGGAAACCAUAACCAUGAAGAUAAGAAGAUAGUGAGAUAAAUGGCAAAAGAGACAACCAGGCACAACUUCUACCCCAGGGAAAGAGAAUUACUAGAAAUACACAAAUUGAUCAAACAAGAAGUCAAAAUCUGAACAGACCUGUAAGAAGACCCUGAGUUAAUAACCAAAAACUUUCCACAAAUAAAGGCCCAGGACCAAAUUAGUUCACUGGUGAAUUCUAUCAAAUAUUUAAAAGAAAAUUAAUACAUGUACUUAACAAAAAUCAUUAAAAGGAAAGCAGCAACUAAUAAACUCAUUCUGUGACAUGCUAUUACAAAACCAAAUAUAACAAAAUUCCUUUAUGAACAUCGAUGUAAAAAUUCUCAACAAAAUGUCAGCAAACUCGCUCUAGCAACAGGUAAGAUUAUAAGGCAAGGUGGAAGAUCUACCCAGGAAUGCAACUGAUUCAACACACAAAAAUAAAUCAAUAUGCCUUAUGAGCAAACUGAAAGGCGAGACUAGACAAUUACCUCAAAAAAUGCAGAAAAUUUUUUUAGAAAAUCAUUCAACUACAAAAUGAAAACAUGGAGCCAUCUAUAUGAUGUGACAUUGCAUAUACAAAAGCACAAGGAAUCAACAAAAAUAAUAUUAAAAAACAAGUUCAGCAAAUUUGAAGAAUACGAAAUUAUUAUCCUAAAAUUAACUAUUUCUGUAUACUGCCAUUGGACAAACCCCAAAGUGAAAUAAAGAAAAAAAGUCCCUUUUGAAAUCAAAAGGAGAAAGAUACUUGGAAACAAAGUUAAUAUAUAGUUGAAUUUUAUACAGAAUAAUAGAAAACAUGAAAAUACAUUAAAGAAGACCUAAAUAAGUAGAAAGUUUUCAUGGACUGGAAGACUUAAUAUUGUAAAAAAUGACUGUAACUUUAACUUACGUACAGAUUCAAAGUAAUUCCCAUUAAAAUGUCAGUUUGCUUUCAUCCAGAAAUGGUCACAUCUCUAAAAGUUUCAUAUAAAAAUGCAAGGAACUCUCAAUAGCCAAAACAACACUGAAAAAGAACAAAAUCAAAAGAAUUGAAUUUCCUGAUUGUAAAGAAAUAUGCUAAGUUAGAAAUCAGAUAUUUGAAUAUUUGAUAAAUCAAGCACAUAAAUAUUCCCUUCUACUUAGUAUACAUGACAAAGAUUUGUUAGAAGUUGUGUUAGACUGCACCUCAAAUUUCUUAUGUCAAACUACAAAAUAUCUUAAGCUUGGAAGGAUAGGCAAUGUUAAAUUUUAGUUUAUUGUCACAGUGAGCACAAUUUCCUUUGCAUUUAAUUCAUUCAUAUGGUCAGCUGACAAAUCUGAUCUGUGUGUCUAUCUCUGUCUACUGGAACAUUUCAACAAAUAAUUCCUUCUAUAAGAAUUUAUAAUAAAUUUCACAAACCUUUGAUAUUAACCAUAGAUUGUUGGUAUUCUAGCAUUGCAAAAUAUCAUUAUUAUGAAUAUGAUUUAAGAACAUAACAACACUGGUUAAAAUCUAAUCCUGGGGAAAUAGCUCAGUGGUGCACUGAUGGCAAGUGUGAAACCCUCUGUAUGCAUACCUUCUAAUAACUACCUAAUUUAUCUUUCUCUCAUUAAGAAAUUAAUGUUUGAGCUGUAUGUUUACUCCUUAAAGUUAAGAACAAAACAAGACAUAUCAUUAUGGGGCUUAAAAAUACUUCCUUUUAAAAAAUGAUUAUUCAAAAUUUAAGAAUGUGUGGAAAGACUAAGCCAUCAUCUUGUUUUGUGUUCCCCGUUCUUCUAAUGGGCAGUGGUAGAAUAACCUUACCAAUUAUGCAAUUUAAAGCAAUAGCAACAUGGUUUAAAAAAACUGUAUACACUUUAAAAUAUGCCAUUCAUCUGGAAACUUUUAAAGGGUGUUUUGGCUUGAAUAUAGUUACUGAAUCAAUUUCUCAAACAAGACGCAGGGUGGCGCUGCAGGCUAAGAUUGUAAAUAGAGAGCCCUAAAAAUCUCCGGAAUUGCUUUUGUUGCAAGACAGAAUAAAACAAAGGCCUGAGCUUUGCAAGCAAUACAGAGCUAUGAAAGGGUUUGGGCCAGGAUACACUACAUUAAUGUACUAUUAAGAGCAAUUUUGUGAAGACUCUUCCAGACAUUUCAAACCUUUCUAGGACAUCAUGGAGAAGCAGGAGAGACAGUCAGGGAGAAUUCCUCCAAACAGGCAAGUAAUGGCUUUGAUUUUUAUGAUGCUUUUUGUUCAUGUUCUCAGCGAGACUACUCCAUACUCUAUGUUGGAGGAAACAGACAGCGGUUCCCUUGUAGCCCAUCUGGCCAAGGACUUGGGGCUGGGAUCUGGGGAACUGGCUGCCCGGUCUGCACGGGUGAUUUCUGACGAUUACAAGCAGCGAUUGCUACUGGAUCUUGAGACUGGAGAUUUGUUUCUGAGAGAGAAACUAGACCGGGAAGAGCUGUGUGGGCCCGUGGAGCCAUGUAUACUGCAUUUCCAGGUGUCUCUUGAAAGACCAGUGGAAUUUUUUCAAGAGCAAUUAUUGAUCCAGGACAUAAAUGAUCACUCUCCAGAAUUCCCAGAUGGGGAAGUGCUCUUGAAAAUACUGGAAAACAGUGAGCCUGGGACUCGGUUUCCAUUGAAAUCAGCCCAGGAUUUGGAUGUGGGCAGCAAUGGGCUCCAACAAUACACCAUCAGCCCCAAUUCUCAUUUUCAUGUGCUCACUAGAAAUCAUAGUGAGGGCAAGAAAUCCCCAGAAUUGGUGCAAGACAGAGCCCUGGACAGAGAGGAGCAGGCUGAGUUCAGCUUAACCCUCACCGCUUGGGAUGGUGGGUCUCCACCUAGGUCUGGGACAGUCCUGGUUCGAAUCCUGAUCAUGGAUGUGAAUGACAAUGCUCCUGAAUUUGUACACACCCCCUAUGAGGUGCAGGUCCUGGAGACCAGUCCCCCAGACUCCCUAGUCCUUACUGUCUUAGCCCAGGAUGCAGAUGCUGGGUACUUUGGCAAUGUUUCCUAUGGCUUGUUUCAAGCAUCAGAUGAGAUUCAACAAACAUUCUCGAUAAAUGAAGCCACAGGAGAAAUUCGAUUGAAAAAGGAAUUGGACUUUGAAAAAAUUAAGUCUUAUCAUGUGGAAAUCGAGGCCACAGAUGGAGGAGGACUGUCUGGGAAAGGCAUUGUAGUGGUAGAGGUGGUGGAUGUGAACGACAAUGCCCCGGAACUGACCAUUUCGUCACUCACCAGCUCAGUACCAGAAAACGCUCCUGAAACCAUACUCUGCAUAUUCAGAGUUGGAGACAGAGAUUCCGGAGAGAACGGAAAGAUCGUUUGUUCUAUCCCAGAUAAUCUGCCAUUCCUUUUAAAACCUACUUUCAAGAACUUUUACACCUUAGUGACAGAAGGGCCACUAGACAGAGAGAGCAGAGCUGAAUACAACAUCACCAUCACAGUCUCUGACCUGGGCACACCCAGGCUGAAAACCCAGCACAACAUAACCUUGCAUGUCUCCGACGUCAACGACAACGCCCCCGCCUUCAGCCAAGCCUCCUACACCAUGUACGUCCCCGAGAACAACAGCCCCGCCCUGCACAUAGGCACAGUCAGAGCCACAGACUCAGACUCAGGCGCCAACGCCCAGCUCACCUACUCGCUGCUGCCGCCCCACGACCCGCACCUGGCCCUCGCCUCGCUGGUGUCCAUCAACGCCGACAACGGGCAGCUGUUCGCCCUCAGGGCGCUGGACUACGAGGCCCUGCAGGCCUUCGAGUUCCGCGUGGGCGCCGCAGACCGAGGCUCGCCCGCGCUCAGCAGCCAGGCGCUGGUGCGCGUGCUGGUGCUGGACGCCAACGACAACGCGCCCUUCGUGCUCUACCCGCUGCAGAACGCCUCUGCGCCCUGCACCGAGCUGCUGCCCAGGGCGGCCGAGCCGGGCUACCUGCUCACCAAGGUGGUGGCGGUCGACCGCGACUCGGGCCAGAACGCCUGGCUGUCGUUCCAGCUGCUCAAGGCCACCGAGCCAGGCCUGUUCGGAGUCUGGCCGCACAAUGGCGAGGUGCGCACCGCCAGGCUGCUGAGCGAGCGCGACGCGCCCAGGCACAGGCUGCUGCUGCUGGUCAAGGACAAUGGCGAGCCGCCGCAGUCGGCCAGCGUCACGCUGCACGUGCUGCUGGUGGAUGGCUUCUCGCAGCCCUACCUGCCGCCGCCCGAAGUGGCGCGCCAGCCCGCGCAGCCCGACGCGCUCACGCUCUACCUGGUCAUCGCCUUGGCCUCGGUGUCUUCGCUCUUCCUCUUCUCGCUGCUGCUCUUCGUGGCCCUCAGGCUGUGCAGGAGGACCAGGCCGGCCUCUCUGCCUGGCGGCUCUGUGCCUGAGGGCCGCUUUCCUGGACAUCUGCUGGACGUCAGUGGGGCGGGGACCCUGUCCCACAGCUACCAAUAUGAGGUCUUUCUGAAACCCAUGGUCCCCAACCUGUUGCUUCAGGACCCUGGGAGAGAAGUUAAGGAAAAUCCCCACUGCAGGAAUAGCUUUGAGUUCAGCUAGUGUUGUAAAUGAUCCAAUGAGUCUUGUAAUAUUGCUAAAUUUAAUGCCUUUCAAAUAGGUAAUUGUAUUGAUAUCAAACUUCUUUUCCACUACUGCAGUGUCCAUGUCCCUAACAGCUCUCACUUCAUUUUUAUCAGUAUUACAUAUGCUCAGCAUUUCUAAUUAUACUAAAUGUUACAUAUGAAUUUUCUCCGUGUUUGAAGUCUGUUGGUGACUAAUAUGCUCAUAACUAUAAAUAAUUCAAGUAGCAUAAAAUUUGUUUUAAUGAAUUUCUUAAUGAAUUUUCUAAAUUCCUAUUAACAUGCACUGGAACAUUAAUACACAAAAUUGUGACCCUGCUGGUGGUGAGAAUCAGGUGUAUUGGUGCUUGUUUUGUUUGAUUGCAAAUGUUCCAAAAGUACUGAGGUUCAGUUUUUCAGGUGUCAUUUAAUAAAAAUUAAAGAGAAAAAUCUUAGUUUCUCCUGGCAUGUAACAAAUUAAUUCACCAAUAAACAUAAACCUUUUCAAAAA